AUGAUAGUGGACAAUAAACAACAACAGCAGGCAAUGGAUGACAAUGGUGGGCAGGACGGUGUCGACGAUGGCAGAGACACGACAACAAUGGUGGGGCACCCUCCACCCUCGCCCUUGCCCCUCGUUCGCUCCUCCAUCCUCUGCCUUGCCAUUUCGCCCUCUGCCCUCACCCUCGCCUUCUGCCUCUGCCUCUGCCCUCGCCCCUCACCCUUUGCCCUUCCCCCUCCACCACUCACACCCCACCACUCGCCCCUUCCCCCCCUCAAGAGGACCCUCCAACCAGCAAACAACCAGUGGAGAGGCCAAACGACCAGUGGAGGGUGCAAAUGA